AUGUCUUCGGAUGCCAAUACUAUUGUUUAUUUAUUAAAUAUUGGAACUCUUUUAUAUAAAACUUUUGGUUUAUUUAUAAUUAUUCUUAGUACAAUUGGUAAUAUAUGUAAUUGUUUUGUUUUUCUAUGUAUUCGAUCUUUGAAUAAACAUCCAAAUGGAUUAUUUGUCAUUGGUUUAUCAAUAGGUAGUUUGUUAUAUAUAAAUAUUGGUUUAUUUUCACCUAUAAUAUCAGUGUUAAGUGAAUUUAAUCCAUUAAAUCGAUGUUUUAUGUGUAUUUGUUUUUCUGCUUUUGAUCAAUUUCUUUUAACUUUACCAAGAAUAAAAUGGCAACGAUUAAUAACACGUAUUCGAGCUCAAUUAAUGAUUUUAUUUACAGCAAUUAUUUGGCUUAUAAUUUUUUUGCCACUAUCGAUAUUCUCUAAUCAUAUUCAAACAUCACCAACAACAUUUACUUGUACAAUUUCUAUUCCUAUAAUUAGCGUUUAUGCUAGUUAUUGGGUUAUAAUUGGUUAUUAUUUUUUACCAAUUAUUUUAAUAUUAAUAUUAUUUUGUUUAACUUGGUAUAAUUUAAAACAAUUUUUAAGACGUCGUCGUAAAUUAGAAAGUGCAAUGACUCGUAUGAUGCUUAUUCAAAUGAGUGUUAUACUUAUUAGUGGAAUACCAGCAAGUAUCUGUACUAUUUAUUCAUUAGCUACAAAAUAUUCUACUAAAACAUAUCUAAGAUCAGUAUAUGAAUCUGUUAUUUUCCUUGCUUUUAUUUUAUUUACAUUUUUUACAAAUGGAAUUUCUUUUUGGGUUUAUUUAUUUGCAUCUAAAACAUUCAGAAAACAUAUUAAAGAUUUUAUUUCAAAAUUAAAAUUAUUCAAAAAUCGACUAAUACCGUUUUCUACAUCAACAACAAGAAUGAACAUACCUCAGUAG